CCGCCUAUAUAAAGAGAGUGUUGAAAUUCUGACUAGCAGUAAUUUUCAAACGUAGCAAUGAAGCGUGUAGCGGUCAUUUUCUGCGCGGUCUUUUCCGUCGCACUUGCAGCUGAAGAAGUGGAAAUACCAAAGUACAUGAAGAUUUGCAACAGGAAAUCAGAAAAUGUCAACGAUUGUCUGAAGACCGCGAUUCAAGAUGCUAUUCCCAAAUUAUCCAAAGGCGUACCUGAGUGGGGUGUCCCGGUAUUCGAUCCAUACUACGUUGCUCUGGAAGAGAUCUCGUACAGCAAUGGGAUGAUGCAAGGAAAACUGCUUAUGAAGGAGGUGAACGCGUACGGAACAUCGAGGGCGAAGAUCUUGAAAGUUAAAUCGACGUUCUCCGAGGACAGACAACGGCUGGAAGUCGAUGUCUUGUUCCCGAGAAUUUUCAUCGAUGGCGAGUACAAGGCCGAAGGUCACCUUAACGACUUCAAAGUUGGAGGAAAAGGUUUCUUCAACGUGAGCAUGGAGGGAGUCAAAACCGUGUGGGACAUCACCGGACGAAUCGAAAACGACAGAUGGGUUGUUGAGCACUUCAUGGUUCUACCGGAAGUCGAGAAAAUGAAGGUCUACUUCGACGAUCUAUUCAACGGCGACGAGAGUCUCAAUAACAUCGCUCGCAGUUUCAUCAACGAGUACUGGCCCCUCUUCUACAGGGAAUUGUUGCCCAUUGCUAGCGCUCGGUGGGACAAGAUGAUGACAGAUUUCGCCAACCUCGUGUUUUCCAAAUUGUCGUACUCCAAGCUCUUCGCCUAAUUCGUUGAACUAGAAUUAGGAAAGGAGAGUGUGCGCGUUAUUUUCGCCUAAGAUCCUCUGAUAGCUGAGUAAUUGUUCGGUCAUGGAGUUCAAGGCGUUAGAUUCUGACAAAAAAUCCGAUGUUUGAGCCGCAUUGAAACGCGAAUUUCACGUUUCUACACUUACUAAUUUUUACCAUGACGGAUUAGUAGCUAAAUUCCGUACAGGUAGUUAAUAUUCUGUUCCAAAAAUUUAAUUACAUAAGUAUACGUUUUGUUGAAAAUAAGAAAAUAAAAUCUUGUAAAAAUUA